ACACUUUACCAAGAUGAAUUUAAUUAAUUUAAUUAUGAAAAAAUUAUUUUUCAAUGUUCAAUAGUGUUAUAAAAAAUUAAUUAAUAAUUAUGGGUUCAUUGGUAAUGAUUGUUGUGAAGAAAAAAAAUUUUAAAAACAAUAUAUUUGUAAAUUGAAUAAAAAAUAACUGCAAAUCAAUAAAUACGAAAAUAUCAUAAACCAUUUGCUCAAAAUAUGAAGAAGCUGUUUAUGAGAUAAAAUUACGACAAUCUAAAGCUGGGUGAUAAAUAAGAUGUCAAGAUCAAUGUCAAAUUCACCAUGAUAUUUGUGUCAAAUAAACAAGACAUCACGAGACAAUAACACAACUCAUAUGGAUUAUAAUUCUAUGAAUAAAUAUUUGUCACUUGAUGAUGUCAACAAUCAAGACAAUGAUCCUCAUUAAUUAUCAAAUUUUUAUUUGUAACAUUUGCUGUAUGGAUGAUUCAAGUUGGAGCUGAUGAUAUUGCUCCUAGUUCAACUGAUAAAAAUGACAUUCUCGAAUCAAAUAAAACAAUUAUUGUUGAAAAAAAUUUAAAUAAAUUAUUUGAUCGUAUGUUGCCAAAAAUACGUAAGGAUAUUGUUAAAAUGGGAUUGGAUCCACUGUCGUUGCCGGAUCAAUAUUUGAGAACUACAAAAAUUCCAGGGUUACGUGGAAAAAUUCAAUUACAAAAAGGAUGGGCACAAGAAGCAUCAACAAUUAAACGAACCGGUGAUGUAAUUGUCCAGUAUGGUGGAAAAAAAUUGAACUUUGAUUUUGCACUUGGAUUUGAUACGUUAGAUAUAACUUAUGCAUACACAUUGAAAUACCUUUUGUACAAACGCAGGGGUGAAUUUCAUGGAAAAUUUCGUAAUGUCGAGCUAAAAGUAUAUGGUUAUAUUGAUUUUAGAACAUAUCAAGUAACACUUAAAUACUUUGAUCUUGUCCACGUUGGAAAAUUCUCUCUCAAACUUAAGGGUCAUUUAGCCGAUCAUCUCCUCAACGUUCUCACAAAAUUAUUUACAACAUUUUCACGUGACAGUGUUUUAAAAAAUAUCGAAGAAAGAUUCGAAGAAACUCUUCAAGCAAAAAUCAAAGAAAUCAAUAAUUCAGUUCUUGAGGCAAUUUUACCAAGUUUUUUAAAUGCCACUAAAUUCUAUAAUUAAUAAUAAUUAAAACAAAAUUUUUAUAUUCAUUUUAAUA